AUGAAAUUAAUUAUAUCUGUAUUAUUAUUUGUUUGUAUUACAAUUUGUGGUAGUUUUAUCAAUUUGGUAAACUCACAACAAGCACAUGUCUCAUGUCAAUAUUCACACACACUUCAGGAUGACGCUAUUCUAUUACCAGAUUCCAGUGGUUACUCUAUGAUCCAUGACUUUUUCGGAAAUACCAAAGUCAAUGGAUUCACAACAAUAGAGUCGAUCUAUGAUUACAAGAAUAGUGAUACCACCUGUGACAACAAGGUCGAUGGUAGUAGCUACUGGGUGCCAUCGUUGAAGAUCAACGAGUAUCAAUACCGUCCAACCAUGAUCAAAGUCUACUACCAAGGACACAACAACACGUUCUACCCGAACAACCCAAUGCCAAAGGGUUUGCAGCUGAUUGCCGGUAGUCCAAAGAAUACUAAAGAGGAUUGGAACAUCUGGUAUCUCUGCAAGGGUAGAGGCUUCUCGAGGACACCGUUCACCGAUUGCGAUAAGAACAACGAAACACAGAUCACCCAGUACAACUUCAACCUUAUUUUCCCGAAUUGCUGGGACGGUGUAAAUAUUCGUCCAAACUUCACCUACCGUAACGCCGCCUACGACUACUCGGGAGACAACGAAAAAGGUCGUUGUCCCGAGGCGUACCCAGUGAGAAUUCCUCAACUCAAUAUGCAACUCGCCUAUUUCAUUCGUGAGUCGAACUGGACCAACGCUCAACUCUCGUUGAAUCCAAUCAUCAACUCGGGUGGAUCGCGUACUUUCCCAUGGGCGAAUCUCUUCUCUGCGCACGCCGACUUUUUCAACGGUUGGCCAGAGCAAACCAUGAAAUUCAUGAUUGAGGAAUGUCUCAACAAAGGUGUCACCUGUGGAAACGAUCUCCCACGUAUUUACACAUUUAUCAAGAACAGCUAUGCAAUGAUCAACUGCAAGAAGUCGAGUCAAACGGUAGCUCAGAUCGAUUCAACCGGUCUGAACGUCCCCUACGUGAAGAUCGUCAUACCAGCCGAAGCGAAAACCGAAAUCUGGUCGGAAGUUGUACUCGAUCUCUGGGCUGCAAACAACGAUCCCAAUGCCAAACCAAACUUCUUCUUUGGUUACCUAGUGACCCCCGAGGAAUUCGCCAGCGACUCGCCAGUCUGUCCAAACAAGUCGAGCGACGUUCAACUCUACAUUGACGGCCAAUGGGGAUAUCAUUCAAUCAACGUCACUCAACUCGUUAUCAACACAAUGAAAAACAAUCAGAACGAAAUCCACUUGUGUUUCACUGCUGACGGUCCAUCGACUUACUCGAUGCAAACUGCCAACACUGAUCACCCACCAAGAUUACUCUUCAAGCACCCGGGUGCCGAAGUCAAUGAAAACGUUCAGGAAGCAAUUCUCUAUCGUCCACCAACCGAUCCACUCAUGACAUCGACCACCUCUGAUCCAUUGACCUCUACCACAGGUUUCAAUUCUUGCUCCACUCAUUUACCAUCGAUUUUAUUAUCAUUCAUUAUGAUUACAAUUACUUUUAUGUUUUUAUUGUAA